AUGUGGCAUGAAGCAGCGAGGAGUGCAUUUGCUGUUGCUACCAUUUUACCCAGUGCAAUGGAUCCAACAAAAGUAUGUGAAAUAUUCGAAAAUCUUGAGAAGGGAGAUUUCGAUGAAUCCAAGUUGACCGCUUUUCAAUUAGCAACUCUUCGGAAUUCAAAUGGUGAGACGUUAUUGUUGGUUGCAGCUCGAACAGGUCAAAUCAAAAUUGUUCGCGAACUUAUCAAGUACUCCGAAGUGGACGACAUUGAUCUGGACGGUUGGACGGCGUUAUUAAAUGUUGCUUACCAAGGAUUUAGCGAUAUUGCUGAAGUUCUCUUACAAGCAGAUGCAAACGUUGAUUCACCUGAUCUGAUGGGAUGGAGCCCACUAAUGUGGUCUGUUUAUAAGAAUCAUUUUGGUUGUGCAGAAAUUUUUCUAAAACAUGGUGCUCAUGUAAAUAUCAUCGAUGAUGAAGAUGGUCUAACCCCGUUAAUUGUUGCCUGUGGUAGAGGGUACGUAGAGUUGGUUGAAUUGCUUCUUAGACACGGUGCAGAGGUAAACGCAUGUGACAAAUUCGGCAGUACAGCGUUGAUUUGGGCUUCUCGAAAGGGCUUUCGUGCAAUUAUUGAAAUGCUACUUAAUGCUGGAGCAGAGCUCGACGCUGUUGGCAUGUAUUCUUCAACUGCUCUUAUACUUGCAACUCGCGGUAACUACAUUGAUGUGGUAGAACUUCUAUUGAGCAGGGAACCUAAUGUGAAUGUCACCGAUCAGAAUGGUUUGUCAGCAUUGGGUAUUGCAGCACGUGAAGGUUAUGCCGAAAUCGCUGAAAUGCUUAUAAAUUCUGGAGCUUACGUGAAUGUCAUUGACAGGUUCGGCAAUUCAAUCCUUGCUAGUGCCGUACGUUCGGGAAAUGCGAGUAUUGUUCGCAUGCUUCUGGAUCGACAUGCUGAUGUUAAUGCUAGGGAUUCCGAGAAUCGAACGGCUUUGCACUUGGCUAUUGAUAAAUCUUUUAUGGAUAUAGUUUUGGUUUUACUCGAGAAGAGACCGAAUCUGGAACUAAAAAAUAUGGAUGGUGAAACAGCUUUGCUAAGGGCAGUGAAAAAUCGACACGUUGGGCUUUGUCAGAUUUUGGUAAAUAGUUGCGCUAAAAUUUCUGCUACCGAUAAUGCUGGUGAUAAUGCGCUGCAUUUAGCUUUACGAGCGAAAUCGAAGCGCAUUACGCAAACAUUAUUGUCGAAUCCUUCGGAUUUACGCUUGCUUUAUAGACCAAAUAAGUUGGGACAAACACCGUACUCAAUUGAUCAAAGUAAUGCACAACCAAUAUUGCCGCUUAUUUUCGGUCCGGUUGAUGCAGAAACUCAUAUGGAUGCUAUGUUGGGCUAUGAUAUUUACAGUAAUGUGCUUGCGGAUAUCGUUUGUGAACCAAAUCUCACUCUUCCACUGACUAUAGGUCUUUACGCAAAAUGGGGCUCCGGCAAAUCAUUACUCUUGGCUAAAUUGAAAGAUUCUUUGCAUAAUUUCUCUCGAAGUUGGUUGGAUGGUGUUCAUCUUUCAUGGUCAUGGUCUUUGGUUUUCUCUAUUGCCAUGCUUGUGGUGCUUUUGGCUUUAAUGAUUAUGUCAGCCACUGCUUUUUUAGUAGACAUGACUGUACUGCUUUCGAUUGGCGUACUUGGUGUCAUAUUUUUCUUUAUUGUUGUGCUAACUUAUGGUGUAAUUUAUUAUGGAAGUGAAGUGAAAGCUUGGCAUAGGUCUUUAUCUGCUGGUAGGGAAAUAGCUAAAGCAUUGGCUCACUUUAGAUUAUUUUUGAAUAUGGCUACAGUUCACGCACCGAUUCGUCGAGAAAAAGAACUUUUGACAAGUCCAGUUAGCUUUCUGUUUGCUGAUUACCAUCGUCUUUCAUCAAUUGGUGGAGAGCAGGCUCUGGCGAAAAUAGUCGUUAAUUUAUUUGAAGCCGCGGAAAAUCAUUUUGCUCGUGAGAGUUCAACCAAGCAUAGAAAAUUUUGUGGCAUUCCUGUAAUACUGCUUGCAGCAAUAUUUCUAUUAUCUUUAAAUUCUGCGUUGUUUUUGAUAACACUGUGGUUUUACCGAAGCGAAUUAGAUUCCAGUAUAAUGUUCGGAUCAAUAUCUUUGUUAUCAUUGGCUUUUUUAUUAUUUAUUUAUCCUUUAUAUUUAUUAAUAUUCUAUGGAUUGAUUAAUGUGCCAAAAAAAAGGAUUAAUCGUGCAGCUCAAAUUGUUGCAGAAAUCCGUUUCGAAGGAUUUAUGCAAAAAUUGCAGCAAGAAGUUGAUUUACUCGCAAAGAUGAUAAAGACUUUGGAUUCAUUGACCAGUAGUCAAACGAGGUUGGUCGUGAUUGUUGAUGGACUGGAUAACUGUGAGCAGGAACGAAUGGUGCAAACUUUGGAUGCCCUGGAGUUGUUGUUUUCUGCCCGAGCCAAUCGACCUUUUAUAGUUAUUAUCGCCGUUGAUCCACAUAUCAUAGUGUCAGCAGUGAAUCAUAGUAUGCAUUCCGCUUUAACUGGUACUGAAUUGACGGGUCAUGAUUAUCUUAAGAACAUUAUUACCAUGCCAAUUUAUCUUCACAAUUCUGCAUUACGCCAACUCCAAAAAAAACUACGCGAUAAACGUGAAAGUAUUGCCGACUGGAAAGAACGUUUCAGGCGUCAGGAUACAUUCCACGGUUCAUACAUGUCGCUUAGUGGAGAUAUUAGGACUCGGAAAUCUACGGCUUUAUUAGGUACAACUAAUUGGAACCAUACACUUAUGACAGAUGAUUAUUUUUCGAAUAUGAAUCCGCGAGCUAUGAAACGAAUUGUUAAUGCUUUGACAUUGACAGGAAGGUUAAUGCGAGCCUUUGAAAUUGAAUUUUCAUGGUUAACUCUGGGAUUUUGGGUUAGUUUAAUAGAACAGUGGCCAUGUAGAAUGUGUUGGCUCAUUGACAGAGCGCUCGAUAUUCAACACAAUGAUCAGCAUUCACUUGCCCAGGUAUAUAAUCAGUUGAAGCAUUCCAUACCAAAGAAGGAUCCUCUCAUCGAUCUUGAUCGUAACCCGGACAAUUUUGAAUCGUUUUUGGAGCAAGCUUCUUCUGCUGGUCCCGAUCAGUUAACUGUUGGCCAUGCUCGGAGAUUUGUUCCAUGCACAUCAAAUCUGGAUCCAUACCUUCGUAAAUUAAUAAGAGAGAGGAGAAAUAAUUUAGAAGUGCCGGCAAUUAUCAGUAGUGUGCAAACAGCUCCAGGUAAACUGAUUGAUAGUGCGCUUACUGGAUUUGCAAAAUAUUUAUUCAAGGAUUCUGGUUUAUGGUCAACGAUUGAUGUACCACUAGUUGAAAUGAAAUUGGAUGAAAUUGUGUUCCUAAUCAGAAAACUUGAUAUUAAUGAAGAACGUUUAGCGGUAAUCGAAGAACGAAUUAGGUCAGCAAAUCUAAAUGGACUUGUCCUUUCUGCUUGUGAUUUAUCGGAUGUUGAGCGUUCACUUGCGUUAAGUCUGGGUGAUUGGACCAUGGUUAAGUUGCUUAUCGAAACCCUGCGAAAUUCUGCGAUAUCUGACGUUAACAAAGCCCAUGCUCCCCCAUUCGUUCCACAGUUACCAAGAUGCAUUUCUUUGGUUUCUACUCAAGAGCAUAAACGACGUAUUGCGUCACAGAGUGAGGUUGAAAAUGAUCAUCACUGGUUACUUGAGAGUUUGUCUGGUAUGGAUGCAGUUGAGACGGAGGGAGAUGCUGACGUUGUAAUAGCUUCGAGAAGCACGUCUGUUAGAUUUGAUGAUGCAGCGUCAGAUAAAGAUAGUAUUGCUAGUAUGUAUGGAUCAAAUGAAAAUCUUUUGGAAAAUUCGAGGACUCCUGAGCGGUCAUCGUCAACGCGAGAUGAACGAAUGAAUAUGAUUCGAGCGAAUUCAGUUCAUUCUGAACGGAACAAUGGUGCUGUUAGCAAAGAGGAUUCAGAAUCUCGAUGUCAAGAGCAACAAUUGACUGUAAAACGUCGACUUAUUGAGGACAAAAGGACUUCUUUGCACCAGGUUUUCGAUCGAAAUGCUUAA